AGAUGCAUGGACUGUGUAAAGAAGAAGUGGUGGAAAAGCGUUAAAACUAAGUUAAGAUAUUCUUAAUAGCAAAUGACUUGACUGUACGUACAGAGAUUGUACCAAAUGAAUAAACUAAAUAGCGAUUGCAAUGGUCCAAUGCAAAUGGGUGAUAUUUCUGUGAUAGACAACAAAUCCUGGAAAAAUAACGAAGUUAACAACGGCUAUCUUAAGCAAAGAGCAGCUGCUGAAGAAUCUCUUUUGGGUAGCGGCGCUGUAAGCACGGUAGUUCAAGUGGCGGGCGGCGGUACUAAAACCAUGGUUGUGCCUGGUACUAAGCCUGCUAAAGAAAAAUGCCUGGUAGCGACAGUUCUCGCCCUUAUUAUAUUCUGUGGUGUCCUAGUGUUAAUUAUUGUUGGAAGUAAACAGACGCCUUGCCUAGAUACAAGGAGGCCAGUGUGUUUAACGGAAGAAUGUGUACGAACAGCGUCUUCUCUGUUAUCCGCGAUGGAUUAUGCUGCAGAUCCGUGCGUGGAUUUUUUUCAAUACGCCUGCGGCACAUGGAACAAGAAACAUCUGAUUCCCGAAGACAGAAGCUCGAUUAGCACGUUCGAGGUGAUGGCUGAUCAGCUUCAGGUUAUACUUAAAGGCGUCCUGGAGGAACCCAUAAAUUUGGAGGAUAACGAGGCUACAAGGAAAGCAAAAACUUUUUACAACACCUGCAUGGAUAUUUUUCAGAUUCGUAAAAUCGGCGACAUGCCAAUAAGAGACGUGCUGGACAUCCUCGGUGGAUGGCCUGUGACGAAAGGUCCGAACUGGACGCCCCCCGACUUCAGCGUGGAAAUUUUGCUGGGCCGGAUACGGGGCAUCUACAACGAGGGCGUCCUGGUGGAGCAGUGGGUCGGCCCGGACGACAAAAACUCCUCAGUUAACAUCAUCCAGAUGGAUCAGAUGCAGUUGGCUUUACCAAGUAGGGAUUAUUACUUAAAGAAAAGUAGUGAAGGUGAUAUGACCGCUUAUCAUAAAUAUAUGACCAAUAUAGCCGUUCUACUGGGUGCCAAUAAAACCAGUGCCAGUGAGGAGUUGGAGCAAGUGGUGGAGUUUGAAAGAAGACUUGCUAAUGCAUCUUUACCAGAGCAAGAUAGGCACGACACUAGCGUGAUUUACAAAAAAUUAACUCUGCAAGAGUUGCAAAAAAUCGUUCCCCAAAUAAACUGGUUGGAGUACUUAAAAUCCUUUUUGGAUGUUGAGCUGACUGACCAGGAACCAGUUGUGGCUUACGGCCUCUCCUACUUCCAAGAAAUGGGAAAGAUUUUGGCUGAAACCGACCGAAGAAUAAUCCAUAACUAUGUUUUGUGGAGAUUAAUAAUGACUCUAUCGCCCCACAUGAUAGACGAUUAUCAGAAGGAACGGGUGGAGUUUCGUAAAAUAUUACAAGGAGUCUUAAGUGAAAGACAUAGGUGGUCUCAGUGUGUGGAGUGGACCAAUAAAAAGCUCGGAAUGGCCGUUGGUGCUCUAUUUAUCAGAGACAAUUUCAACCACGAAAGCAAAGAGACAGCUUUAAAUAUGAUACACACGAUUAGAGAAGCUUUCAAUGAGCUUCUGGCCGAUAAUCAUUGGAUGGAUGACGAAACAAGAGCAGUGGCUAAAGAAAAAGCGGAUGCAAUGAACGAGAGGAUUGGAUAUCCUGCUCUCAUAACCAAUAAGGAAGAACUUGUCAAGGAGUAUGCUUCAUUAAACAUCACCAAACACGAGUUCAUGACGAACGUUUUGAACAUAUUAAAGUACGACGCUCAACAAAACUUGCAAAAGCUGCGUCAACCGGUGGAUAAGAACAAGUGGUCCACUGAACCAGCCGUCGUGAAUGCUUUCUACAAUCCAAACAAGAACGAUAUAGUAUUUCCCGCCGGUAUACUUCAGCCGCUCUUCUACAGUCAACAUUUUCCGAAGUCUUUGAAUUACGGCGGCAUCGGCGUGGUCAUUGGGCAUGAAAUCACGCACGGAUUCGAUGAUAAAGGGCGACAAUUUGACAAAGACGGAAACAUGAUGCAAUGGUGGAACAACGCAACAAUCAAAGCAUUCAGAGAAAGAACCCAAUGCAUCAUAAACCAAUACUCAAGAUACAAAAUAGACGAGGUGGGCUUAUACGUAAACGGCAGAAUGACCCAAGGAGAAAACAUCGCCGACAACGGCGGGCUCAAGCAAUCCUUUAGGGCCUAUCGUAAAUGGGUGAAUCAACACGGCCCCGAACCGGAUCUACCAGGUUUAAACCUGACGCACGAUCAAUUGUUUUUCUUGAACUACGCUCAAAUAUGGUGCGGGUCGAUGAGACCCGAAGACGCGCUCACCAAAGUUAGAUCCAGCGUGCAUUCUCCAGGGCCCAUUAGGGUCUUGGGGCCCCUGUCAAACUCCAGGGAUUUCGCGAAUGCCUUCGAGUGUCCAGAGGGGUCCCCGAUGAACCCCAAAAAUAAAUGCAGCGUUUGGUAAGGACGAAAAUAAGACUCAAGAAGAGAUUUAAGUGUUUUGAUUUAAUCGCAUCAUAUCAUUGCAAAUUUUGUUGUCUUUAGAAAAAUAGAUGAACGUGUUAUUCAAAAAGGUCUAGUCUUGUUUUAACAUAGCACAAUUUAAGAACAAAAAAGCACAGCUUAAACUUAUGAAAACAUAUUUUUUGUAAAAAAAUUUCUUAAAAUUUAGAUGUAUAAAAUAAAAAAUAUACUCAACCAACUACUGUAACCUAUAAGCAUUGAUGUUAAUAUUAAUAAAAUAAAAAUAUAAUUGAAUUGCAAAAAAGUACUGGCUAACUGAACAGUUUCCUACUUAAGUAUAUGGCAAUUGUAAAUAAUUAAAUGUUUUAUAUACCUAGAUAAUUUCAAUACAACAAAAUUUUUGGUAUGUGGUAUACUUUUAAAUUACAAUACACCUUGUAUUUUCACAUUAAUUAUUAA